UCUCCUCUCUCAUAUAUAUCCACUUAGGCAAGAGCAGUGUGCCCACUACUACGUACUUCCCAAUCCUCCUAAAAUGGAGAAAACAAGGCCCUCAGACCAAGUUGUCAUCACCCUCGACCAGCAUAUACCUAAACCAUCCUCCAUGGAGACCCAAAAUCUUGAGGAGAAACCCAAACUCCCCUUAAGAGCCCAAACCCUUAACCGUCUCAGCUUCUCAAAACCCAAAUCCCGAAUCCUAGAAUACAACUAUGCCCCCCGCAACAAACUCUUUGCCACCUCCGAAGAAGGUGACCUCAUUCAACCCACCUACAAGCUAUCUUCCAACGAGGAAGACGAUGAUGAGGAUUGGGAGUGGGACAAAGAAGAAACGGAGGAGGAUGGGUCAGAGCACGACCCCAAGUUGCACCAAAAGAGGAAGUUCAAAGUGAAGUGGAGGCUCUUGGUGGAGUGGGUUUUGUUCCUCAACAUAUUGACAUGCUUGGUGUGUUCUUUGACUAUAUCUUCCAUAACCAACAUGCACCUGUGGGGUUUGGAGAUUUGGAAGUGGUGUUUGAUGGUAAUGGUCACAUUUAGUGGCCGUUUGGUUUCAGGUUGGGUGGUUGGUGUAACGGUUUUCAUGAUCGAGCGCAACUUCAUGCUACGAGAGAAGGUGCUGUACUUCAUCUACGGUCUCCGAAACAGCAUAAGAAACUGUCUCUGGUUGGGCCAGGUCCUACUCUCCUACUGGAGCGUGGUCUUCGACGACGUCCAAAAGAAGAACCACAAGUUCCUCAACAAGGUCUUCCAGGCCUUGGUGGCGGUCCUAGUGGGCGCCACCAUAUGGCUGGUCAAGAUCGUGCUGGUCAAAAUGCUCGCCUCCUCCUUCCACGUCACCACCUACUUCGACAGAAUGAAGGAGAGCGUCUUCCAUCACUACAUUCUAGACACUCUCUCGGGCCCUCCCAUGGAGGACGCCGAGGAGAUACUCCUCCAGCACUGCCUCGCCGGGUCCAAGUCGAUGCCGGCGAGGCGGAACAAGCUGAAGGAGGCCAGGAACUUGUACAAGUCCAACAAGUUCGGGUCCAGGAGGAUUGACAUGGAGAAGCUGAGGGAGCUGAGCAUGGAGAGCACUGCGUCCGCGUGGAGCGUCAAGAGGCUUGUCAACUAUGUUAGGUCUUCGGGCUUGUCCACCAUUUCAAGGACUGUGGAUGAUUUUGGCAACGCCGAGUCUGAGAUUAGUAGUGAGUGGGAAGCUAGAAACUGCGCCCAGAGGAUUUUCAAGAACGUUGCCAAACCUGGGGCCAAGUAUAUUGAAGAGGAGGAUCUGAUGAGAUUUUUGAAGAGGGUUGAGAUUCAUACCAUAUUUCCACUGAUUGAAGGUGCUCUUGAAACGGGCAAGAUCAGCAGGUCUUCAUUUAGAAAUUGGGUGAUUAGAGCAUAUUAUGAAAGAAAAGCCCUAGCACAAUCACUGAAUGAUACGAAAACAGCAGUGCAGCAGCUUCACAAAAUAGCAAGUGGAAUUGUUAGUGUGAUAAUAAUCAUAGUGAUGCUUUUGGUGAUGGGGGUGGCUACGCUGAAGAUUAUAUUAUUCUGUAUUACACAAACAGUUUUGAUAGGUGUUGCCUUCCAAGGCACUUGCAAGACUGUAUUGGAGGCCAUCAUCUUUGUCUUCGUCAUGCACCCUUUUGAUAUUGGAGACCGCUGCGUCAUUGAUGGAGUUCAGAUGAUUGUGGAAGAGAUGAAUAUCUUGACGACGGUGUUUCUUCGAUAUGACAAUGAGAAAAUAUACUACCCAAACGCAGUUUUGCUCAAUAAGCCAAUAAGCAAUUUCUAUAGGAGUCCAGAGAUGUGGGAUUCAAUUGAUUUCACCAUUGAUGUCUCAACUCCCAUGGAGACCAUCCUUUCACUCAAGAAAUCCAUGCAAAUCUACAUUGAGAGCAAGCCAAAGUAUUGGAAUCCAAAACACAGUAUGAUAGCAAAGGGAAUUGAUAACGUGGACAAGAUAAAGUUGUGCUUAUCUGUGCAACAUACGAUCAACCAUCAGAACUACGGUGAGCGAAACGUUAGGAUAACGGAGCUACUCUUGGAAAUGAAGAAGAUCUUUGAGAUCCAUGGUGUCAAGUACAGUCUUCUUCCUCAGGAGAUCCAGAUUACCCAUAUGAACAUUGAAAAUGGGAAAGUUCUGUUUCAAUCAUGAAGUAGCUACACUUUCAAUCUCUUUCCAUUUCCUCCUGGAAAUAAAUACCACAACAAUCACUUGGUUUGAAACUUUCAAAUUAUUUUGCUUUCAAACAUCAACUCUACUAUAUAUGCUCUAAUUGCACUAUGUUAUCAACCGGAAUUACGGUGUUAUAUAUAUGCAUUAUUAGCUUACUGGGAAUAUCAGUGUAACUUGUUUAUUGAGCUAACUCAUCUACGAGGAUAAUGUAUGUUUAUUGUGCUAAACUUCGUAUAACUAUUUUUUUUA